UCUGUGGGUUGACAGCUGUUUAGUAAAUUGUUAAAAAUAUACAAUUCACAAAAACAAGUUUUGUUACACAAGAAAUCAUGUUAUAGUCAUAUCAUUAUUUAUUCCUGAUUUCUACUUCUUAACAUAAUAUACUAUUUUAUAUUUUGUGGGAUUUCCAUGACGUAUGAAUCACGAUUAGGACGAGAUUCGAUUUGACUUUUGUUACUGUUAAGGAAGCAUCUGCUGAAUAAAUGUGCAAAAAAGAAUUUAUAAUAUUAAAAUGUGUACAAGACCGAUAACGUUUUUCAGCCAAUGGAGGUUAUGGAUUCGUCCUUUUUUUAUAGCAAGUUAUGUUUUAUUGGUCCUUAUACUUGUACCAUUGCUUAUAAUCCAUUCAAUUAACAAUGGAUUUACUAAAUCAGACCAAGGUACUUUAGUAGGAGGUGGUUUUGUUCUUUUGGCGGUCCCUAUCUCUAUAUGGCAAAUCACUCAACAUAUUGUACACUACACUAAGCCAUCAUUGCAAAAACAUAUAAUAAGGAUACUAUGGAUGGUUCCCAUUUAUGCUCUUAAUGCAUGGAUUGGUUUAGAAUUUCCUGAGCAAUCAAUUUAUAUGGAUUCAUUGAGAGAAUGCUAUGAAGCCUAUGUAAUUUAUAACUUUAUGAAGUACCUUCUUAAUUAUCUCAAUGCAGAUAAUGACUUGGAAGCAGUGCUAGAAACAAAACCUCAAGUUUAUCAUAUAUUUCCACUCUGUUGUAUGACUCCAUGGGAUAUGGGGAGUGAAUUUGUACACAAUUGCAAACAUGGUAUUCUUCAAUAUACAUUAGUGAGGCCAGUUACAACUGUUAUAUCAAUGAUAUGCGACCUCUGUGGAGUGUAUGGAGAGAGUGACUUCAGUCCCAAUGUUGCUUUCCCCUACAUGAUAGCUAUUAACAAUUUGUCUCAGUUUGUCGCCAUGUAUUGCUUGGUCCUCUUUUAUAAAGCAAACAGAACGGAGCUGAAGCCAAUGAAACCUAUUGGAAAAUUUCUGUGCAUAAAAGCUGUUGUCUUCUUUUCGUUCUUCCAAGGCGUCCUUAUCAAUAUUUUGGUAUACUGUGGAGUGAUAUCAACAAUAUUUGAUAUUUCUGACAAAGACAAAAUAAAAAUUAUAUCUUCUAAACUACAGGAUUUCCUUAUAUGUAUAGAGAUGUUUUUAGCAGCCAUUGCACACCACUAUAGUUUCUCCUAUAAGCCGUUUGUUUCGCCACUUGACCCAUCCCCAUCAUGCCUUGGUUCAUUCUUGGCUAUGUGGGACGUGUCUGAUGUAAAGAGAGAUAUUUCGGAGCAUCUUGGCGUAGUUGGGAGUUCAUUUAGUAGACGUUUGCGUGGUAAGUCCAUGUACCACAUGGCAAGAGGGUACGACGAGAGUUCGAGACUGGUUGGUGAGCCUGUGCCCUCCAGUUCAGCGCCAAACUUGACCAUCGAAGCGACCGAACCGCCAUCUGUAGAAGUACGACCAUCUGUCUAUGGUUCUAUAGAAAACACUAAGGGUGGAUCGAUAAGCUCUGAAACGGAACCUUUGAUUAAUUCAAAUGAAAACGACAACAUAGACCCAAAGGUAUGAACUAUGUUUGUGAUACUGUAAAUGAUAUAUAUUUACAUAUAAUAUAUUAAUAAUAUUAAGUUCAUAAUAUAUCUGGAUAAUUUAAAGUAAAUUUGUUGCAUUUGUAAUAGUAAAGAAAUUGUAUUAUUUAUCGUACUUAACCAGACGGUUGGUGUUGCUAUUCAAUAAUAUAUUAUUAAUAUUGUAAAUCAAAGGUAUAAUCUUGUUUUGUAAAUAUAAAUAUUUUCAUCACAAGUAUUUUUCUCAUCACUAAUUAGUCUUAAACAAUCAGUACAAAACAAAUGCUAUCAUUAAAGUGUAUUAUGUGCGCCGACAAGUUUACAUUUAUUAUAAUUUUUUGAAAAUAACGUAAUAUAAUGGACAAAUUAGAUGAAUAAACUAGUUUGGAAUGAGGCAUUAUAUUAUUUCUUUUUUAUGUAUUAUAAUGUGUAUAUAACUUUGUCUCUGAUUAUUAUGUGCUUUACGUAAUGAGAUAUAAAUUAUUAGAGUAUGUGAUAAUUGCAGUUAAGGUACUGGUAAAUGUUGCCAGCUAAAUUACGUGCCACCUUGAUAACAUCCCACAUUCUUCCAAUCGGGCCAUAAAAAUGCUUAGAAUGAUUUUUUAAAAGUUUAAAUACAAAAUUAAAAGCUCCCUUGCAUCCAUUUUUUUUUAAUUUAAUUUUUUUUUUAAAUAUUUACGUCCUAUAUCAUGCGAUAAUAUUUGACAAAUAUUCAGGACACGAUUCGGACAACACUGAGAAAUAGUGAAACUAUUACUCUACUUUAAAAAACACAAGUAGGUAAAUAUAUGUAUAAUGUGAAAGGCACGUAUCGUAAAUAUUAAUCAUGAAAUGUGAUAUUGAUUUAUAAUUAUUGUACUUGUUAAGUUUCGUAAAUAAAAGAUAUUUCUUAUUAA